AUGGCCUCAGAUGGCGUUUCCCUGCUCGACCUACCCGCGCACUACGGCCUCAAAGUCUCGGACAUGGUGCAUUUCCGAUCUAAAGACUCUGGGUCUGGAUCCCCGACUUCAACCUAUCCGUACGAAGAUUUCACCGCCGGCGCGGGCAUGCUUCUGGUCUGCAAGAUCAUCGACGCACUACGGCGCUGGGAUGCGCAUGGGAUCUACACCGACGAGGACAUCGCCAAAGUCGGGAGCCUCGUGACGAGUAAUGUGAAGACCGUCCAUUCUGCGCAGGUGCGCAAUGAGAUUGCGCGUGUCACUUGCGCGACUUCUGAAGGUACUCCGUCUGCGUGGGACAUCCGUCGCUUGGCGGUGGAAACUCUGCUUGGGGGACUACUCGAUAGAGACGUCAUGCGGGACAGCGCCGUGCAUGUGAACUCGAAUGAGCCGGUGGUGCUGGUGAACUUGGAUGGAGAUAAGGCAGGGCACCUGGACGCUGAAAGACGGGACAUGUUGAACUAUGUUGUGGAUAUUGUGACUACGGAAUUGCGCAGCAAGUGGAAUAUUUUGCCUGUGAGGGUUUAUGGGGGCCAUGGCCUUCCAAUGCCGAAGCCAGGGUAUGUUCAAGCGGAGGUCGACGAAGUCUCUGUUCCUGGAUUCUCCAUCACAUUGUUGAACGUAGUGAACACCGACAUUGGGGGACCGAGCAUGCCGCAGUUGUUAGAUGCGCCGUGUGACGCGACAGAAUGGAGGCAGGUCAUUAGGAAGGAACUCUGGCGGGAACGCGAGUUGAUAAGCCGGGAAGACCAUGACUUUGUUUCCGACCAGCAAGUUGGCGUUACUGCUGAUGCGGAUAAUGCAUCUGAGCACUCAUUGAAGAGUGAAGAUGAUGACGACGGCUCUGUCGGAUCGGAUGCUCCGAGACUGGCGACCACGGAUAGUCCUCCGCAGAUACAUGUUGGUUCGCCGGCUCAGGAGCCUGAAUUGACCGAGUUCGGUGGAGGUGCGGAGGAAGGUCACCACACUGGACAGACGACCGAAGAGCCCCAGACACGCGACAGUCAACCUCCAGCACAUCAUGAUAACCCAGCGGCAGGCGAUGGCAGUGACAGGGAUACCGGCAAGCAAGAUCUUGCAGAAACGGAAACUGAGGGACAGACCCCUCGGCAAGAUAUUCCACUGCCAGAGCCAAUCCGCAUCGAGCAUCCAACGUGGGAUAGGCACGACGACAGCACGUCGUUGCUUGACUUGAUGAAGGCUCAGGCAUCAAUGAUCGCGCCAUUUGGGGCAGGAACUGCAGGACACAGCAUCGCUGAUGUGGAAGGGGACGUUGCCGUGUCGAAAGCCGAAGACGAUGCGGCCGAUGUGAAAUCUGCGAGUCCGGAGUCCGGCAGCAAGGCUGAAGUGGUCGAGCCUGCAGCUGCCGGAGCACCACUGCCAAAGGACACUUCUCCCAGCGACGAUGAAUAUGAGGUUGUUUGA